GGCCAACUAGGUUCUGUACAACCGCGGAGGGGCAUGAAGGUGUCCGGUCUUGCUGGCUCAGCAAGCCUGAUAAGCAUGAAGCUCUUAUCUUUGGUGGCUGUGGUCGGGUGUUUGCUGGUGCCGGCAGCUCUAGCCAACAAGAGUUCUGAAGAUAUCCGGUGCAAGUGCAUCUGUCCACCUUAUAGAAACAUCAAUGGGCACAUUUACAACCAGAAUGUGUCACAGAAGGACUGCAACUGCCUGCACGUGGUGGAGCCCAUGCCAGUGCCCGGCCAUGACAUGGAGGCCUACUGCCUGCUGUGCGAGUGCCGGUACGAGGAGCGCAGCACCACCACCAUCAAGGUCAUCAUUGUCAUCUACCUGUCCGUGGUGGGUGCCCUCUUACUCUACAUGGCCUUCCUGAUGCUGGUGGACCCUCUGAUUCGAAAGCCGGAUGCGUACACUGAGCAACUCCACAAUGAGGAGGAGAAUGAGGAUGCUCGCUCCAUGGCAGCGGCUGCUGCAUCCCUCGGGGGACCCCGAGCGAACACUGUUCUGGAGCGCGUGGAAGGUGCUCAGCAAAGGUGGAAGCUGCAGGUGCAGGAGCAGCGGAAGACAGUGUUCGAUCGGCACAAAAUGCUCAGCUAGAUAGGCCGGGCCAUCAAGAGGCCAGGCUGCCAGCCGGGGGGAUACACGGUACCAGGGAGCCGCUCCUCCCCUCCCAAAGCCAGUCUUCCCCAGGUCUUCCCUGUAAGAGCCCAUGGCGUUUUUCCUUCUUCUCCCU